AUGGUGUCCUGUGUGGGGAGUCGGACCCUGAGCAAAGAUGAUGUGAACUACAAGAUGCAUUUCCGGAUGAUCAAUGAGCAGCAAGUGGAGGACAUCACCAUCGACUUCUACCGGCCGCACACCAUCACCCUGCUCAGCUUCACUAUCGUCAGCCUGAUGUACUUCGCCUUCACCCAGGAUGACUCUGUCCCAGAGGACAACAUCUGGAGGGGCAUCCUCUCUGUCAUUUUCUUCUUCCUUAUCAUCAGUGUGUUAGCUUUUCCCAAUGGCCCAUUUACUCGACCUCAUCCGGCCUUAUGGAGAAUGGUUUUUGGACUCAGUGUGCUCUACUUCCUUUUCCUGGUAUUCCUCCUCUUCCUGAACUUCGAUCAGGUUAAAUCCCUGAUGUACUGGCUGGAUCCAAAUCUUCGAUACGCCACAAGGGAAGCAGACAUCAUGGAGUACGCUGUCAACUGUCACGUUAUCACCUGGGAGAGGAUUAUCAGCCAUUUUGAUAUAUUUGCGUUUGGACAUUUGUGGGGCUGGGCCAUGAAGGCCUUGUUGAUCCAUAGUUAUGGUCUCUGCUGGACAAUCAGUAUCACCUGGGAGCUAACUGAGUUUUUCUUCAUGCACCUGCUGCCCAAUUUCGCCGAGUGCUGGUGGGAUCAGGUCAUCCUGGACAUCCUGCUGUGCAAUGGCGGCGGCAUCUGGCUGGGCAUGGUCGUUUGCCGCUUUCUUGAGAUGAGGACCUACCACUGGGCCAGCUUCAAAGACAUCCACACCACCACCGGGAAAAUCAAAAGAGCCGUGCUCCAGUUUACCCCUGCUAGUUGGACCUACGUUUGAUGGUUUGACCCCAAAUCUUCAUUUCAGAGAGUGGCUGGAAUAUACCUUUUCAUGAUCAUCUGGCAGCUAACUGAGUUGAAUACCUUCUUCUUGAAACAUAUCUUUGUGUUCCAAGCCAGUCAUCCAUUAAGUUGGUGUAGAAUUCUCUUCAUUGGUGGCACCACAGCUCCCACAGGGAGGUAGUACUAUGCUUACCUCACUGACACACAGUGCAAAAGCGUAGGAACACAGUGCUGGGUGUUUGGGGUCAUUGGUUUCCUGGAAGCUAUCGUGUGCAUAAAAUUUGGACAAGAUCUCUUCUCUAAGACCCAAAUACUCUAUGUUGUGCUUUGGCUUCUUUGUGUUGCUUUCACCACCUUCCUGUGUCUCUAUGGCAUGGUUUGGUAUGCAGAGCACUAUGGUCACCGAGAAAAGACGUACUCAGAGUGUGAAGAUGGCACCUACAGUCCAGACAUCUCCUGGUCUCAUGGGAAAGGCUCAAAAGGUUCUGAGGACAGCCCACCCAAGCAUCCAGGCAACCACGAAAGCCACUCUUCCAGAAGAAGGAAUCGACAUUCCAAGUCAAAAGUCACCAACGGAGUGGGGAAGAAAUGAGAAGAGCCUGGCUCAUCGCAGAUGUCCCAGAGAGUGCCUAGAACUGAGAGGGGAAACUGAAUGGUGUGGACCUCCCUGUGAGGAGGGCAAACAUG